GAUUAGUGUUAAAAGCUAGAGUAAGUUUAGAGUUAGUGUUAAAAGCUAGAGUAAGGUUAAAGUUAGCAUUAGAAACUAUAGUAAGGGUAGAGUUAGUGUUAGAAGCUAUAAUAAGGUUAAGGUUAGCAUUAGAAGCUAAAGUAAUGUUAGGAUUAG